AAACGAUCCAGAAGGGUCAAUUCCAUCCCUUAUGGAUAACCAGCUGUUUAAUUAUGAGAUCAGAGGUGCUGUUCACCAGUCCCAACAAGUUGGCCUACUCAUUCUCACUCCCUUAUGCGGCUUUGCUAAUUCCAGUUUCUUUGGGAAUGGAGUGAAUAUGGGAGACACCCUAUCUCUGUCAACUGUGUAUUUUUGUAGUGGAAUUGCUAUUUAAGGAGUUCAUUAAAGAACAGUAUUUAUACAUACUGCUGGCGUUUUGAAUAAAGGAUCCCAGGUAGCAAAGAGUGUUGGGUAGCAGGUGAAGUCACCCACGAAAUUAUUGGUAAGGAAAUAAGGGAACUGAGUCAGGUGAGGCUCUGCAGAAGCCAUGCAAUUUGGGAAGAGGGUUCUCUUUAUCUCCCAUUUAGAGGCAGAUAGGGCAAGAGCAUACCAUGAUAUGGCGGUGAGAGCCCGAGUACCUUCUGAAGGUCUAGACUGAGGCCUUGGAACUUCAAUCCCGGUCACCCACAUCUUGGAGCCUCAGAUUCCCUGAAAUCCCUACCCCCUUCACCCCACCAGCACCCUCCUACCAUGCAAUCAGGACCAAAGGAGCUGAGCCGUCACUCUAGCUCAGACAUUCCGCAAGCUCGAGCCCAAACAGGGCUGUGAGGCCGAAUCUGCACGAAGACUGCAGGCGGAGUGCAGGGUGCCUCCGCAUCCGAAUCCAGGGGUUGGGGACUUCAUCAGCGCAUCCUUCCCUGGGCAACAAAAGGAUCAUCUGGCCACAAACAGUUUUCAAGUAAAGCUUUAUUCUUUUAACUUUCGAAUUUACGUUUUUGGGAGCGUGUGAUUCUUUCGCGUCGACUACUGCCUUAAGCGAGGUCGGGCGUUUCGGUUCCGCUCUCCUCACUAUGGCCACUAGCGCAACACCUCAAUUCAGAACCACCCGCAGCCGUCCCAAGUCCCGAGGCCUCCUAAGAUGGCCGCAGCCGCUUCCGGCUCUCCCCCGACGAGGCUCCGCCUACCGCUCUCCGCUGCCUUCGCUCCGGAAGUGGAAGUGGUGGCUGAGGUCAGAGGGCGGGGCUGCUGCUUGGAGACGGCGGGAGCUCUUUCGCCAUGGCUGCCGGGCCGAUCUCGGAGCGGAACCAGGAUGCCACCGUAUACGUGGGGGGUCUGGAUGAGAAGGUUAGCGAACCACUGCUGUGGGAACUGUUUCUCCAGGCAGGACCAGUAGUCAACACCCACAUGCCAAAGGAUAGAGUCACAGGCCAGCACCAAGGAUAUGGGUUUGUGGAAUUCUUGAGUGAGGAGGAUGCUGACUAUGCCAUUAAGAUCAUGAACAUGAUCAAACUCUAUGGGAAACCAAUACGUGUGAACAAGGCAUCAGCUCACAACAAAAACCUGGAUGUAGGGGCCAACAUUUUCAUUGGGAACCUGGACCCAGAGAUUGAUGAGAAGCUGCUUUAUGAUACUUUCAGCGCCUUUGGAGUCAUCUUGCAAACCCCCAAGAUUAUGCGGGACCCUGACACAGGCAACUCCAAAGGUUAUGCUUUUAUUAAUUUUGCUUCGUUUGAUGCUUCGGAUGCAGCAAUUGAGGCUAUGAAUGGGCAGUACCUUUGUAACCGCCCUAUCACUGUAUCUUAUGCCUUCAAGAAGGACUCUAAGGGGGAGCGCCAUGGCUCAGCAGCUGAACGACUUCUGGCAGCUCAGAACCCACUCUCCCAGGCUGACCGCCCCCAUCAGCUGUUUGCAGAUGCCCCUCCUCCACCUUCUGCCCCCAAUCCUGUGGUAUCAUCAUUGGGAUCUGGGCUUCCACCGCCAGGCAUGCCUCCUCCUGGCUCCUUCCCACCCCCAGUGCCACCUCCUGGAGCCCUCCCACCUGGGAUACCCCCAGCCAUGCCUCCGCCACCUAUGCCUCCUGGGGCUGGAGGACAUGGCCCCCCAUCAGCAGGAACCCCAGGAGCAGGACAUCCUGGCCAUGGACACUCACAUCCUCACCCAUUUCCUCCAGGUGGGAUGCCCCAUCCAGGGAUGUCUCAGAUGCAACUGGCACACCAUGGCCCUCAUGGCUUAGGACACCCCCACGCCGGGCCCCCAGGCUCUGGGGGACAGCCACCACCUCGACCACCACCUGGAAUGCCUCAUCCUGGACCUCCUCCAAUGGGCAUGCCCCCCCGAGGGCCUCCAUUUGGGUCUCCCAUGGGUCACCCAGGUCCUAUGCCCCCACAUGGUAUGCGUGGACCUCCUCCACUGAUGCCACCUCAUGGAUACACUGGCCCUCCACGCCCCCCACCCUAUGGCUACCAGAGGGGACCUCUCCCUCCACCCAGACCAACUCCCCGGCCUCCAGUUCCCCCUCGUGGCCCGCUCCGGGGCCCUCUCCCUCAGUAAACUUGCAUUCUCCUUCCUCUUGUUAUACCUUCCCAAUAUCUUUUCGAGUCCUUGGACCAGUCAGAGUUGCUGUAGCUUCUUGGGGCUAAGGCACUAAUCCCUUUGAACCCUACCCCCAUUUAAUGUAAUUUUUUCCCACUGGAGGUAUUCCCUUUUUUAUGUUGGUCCUAAGUGUUUUGCAAAUGCACAGAUAAAAAAAACCUAAGGCCUUGUUUA